AUGUCAGUUACACCAUACCCACCACCUCACCGCAAUCCAACGAUGAUGCAAACUCCACAUGCUUACGAUGCGACACUCUCAUCGAAGACGUCGUCACCACCGUCCGCUACCAAAUACACAUAUAUUCGAGGAGAGAAUGGUGCAAUAACCGUCUUCCAUCAACCCACCAAAGCGUUGGUGUACUACAUGUUUACUCCAUCCCUAAACAGUCCUAAUGUAUCCAUAAUUGACAAGCACACCUCGGGUGUUAUAUGGAAUGCAAAAGUCUCUUCCGCCGCUGAUAUUUCCGGCGGAGAUGGUACCAAGAUUAAACCCACCGCAAAUUGGGAGUGUAAAUAUACCGGUGAAAAUAAGGAGAGUCCCAUUUAUUCACAUAAAACAAUAAUCAAGUUCGAGAAAUCGCUGAAAGGUUACGUGUGCUCGUGGAAUGGUCGAGUGUUCUUGUGGAAAUUAUAUGGUAGUGGAGGUGAUAUUUACUGUGUGGAAGGACUGAGCGGUAUCGGCGAAAGAGUUGCACAGUUUGAAGAUAAAUCGAACACAUUGAUGAUUGAUUUGAGUCGAUACUCUGUCGGCAAAUAUAAGAGUGAUAAUGGUGUGGAAUCGUUGAAAUCAUUUGAGUCCUUUAUUUUGUUGACGGGAUUGAUAGCGAAAAACUCGGCCAAGAAAUUGCAAUCCACCGUCAAUCGAAUGAGCGCCAAUUUUACCGAUGCCCAUUUGUUCAACUAUUCCGGUUUAUUUUUCUUCUGCGGUCUGUGUGGAACAUUUUAA